AUGGUUCGUCUUGCCUCUGCGGUUACUGCCGGCCUCGUUGGCCUGGCCUCAAUCGCUGCCGCCCACCCCGGCCACGAUCACAAGGCCGAGGCAGCUGAGCGCCGUCACUUCAUGCGCAAUGCUCCUAUUCAAUCGCGCAGCCUGUCCCAAUGCGCCUCAAAGCUAAAGGCCCGCGGUCUCGAGGCCAAGAACGUCGCCCGUCGUCACCAGACCGUCAAGCAAAUUCGCCGCCGUCGUGGUCUAAACACUAAUGGCCAUUUCCUCAAGGCUCGUGAUCUGGACACCCUCCUGAACACCUCUCACGCCUCUAACUUGACCGGUGUCACACUCUCCACUGAUGCCUCUGUUCUGUUCGGUUCUGAGGCUACCUGUAUUCUGGCUCCCGAUGUCACUCAAGGCCCUUACUACGUGAGCGGCGAAUUAAUCCGUGAGAAUAUCGUGGAUGACCAGGAGGGCGUUGCUCUAUACAUGGACAUCCAGCUCAUCGACACUAACACUUGCGAUCCCCUUCCCAAUAUCUACAUGGAUCUCUGGCACUGCAACGCCACUGGUGUCUACUCCGGCAUCCAAGCCAGCGGCAACGGUGACUCUUCCGUUGCCUCCAACCUCGACGCUACUUUCCUCCGUGGUAUCCAGCCCAGUAACGACGAGGGCGUUGUCCAGUUCGAGUCUAUCUUCCCCGGCCACUACACAGGCCGUGCUACCCACAUCCACGUCCUGACCCACCCGGCCAACGAGACCACCGUUCUCAAGAACAACACCAUCAGCGGCCUAUACUCCUCCAAAACCUCUCACGUCGGCCAGCUCUUCUUCGACCAGGACCUGAUUACCCAGGUCGAGAAGACCUCUCCUUACUCCACUAACACCCAGGAUCUGACGACCAACGCCGAAGACAGCAUUCUCUCCGAGGAGGCGGAUACCAUCGAUCCCUUCAUGGAAUACGUUCUGCUGGGUGACGAUGUCUCUGACGGUAUCUUCGCCUGGAUCUCCGUUGGUGUAGACAGUACCGAGGACAGCAAUGUCACUCCUGCGGCUUACUACACUGAGCAGGGUGGUGUGGAGAACGAGAGCUCUGGUAUGGGCGGUGGAGGUGGCUCUCCUCCUGGUGGCUCUUCUGCUUUCAGCGCUGGCGGUAGCCGCCCCACCUCGACUUAA